AACCUAUUGUUUACGUGAAAUUUAGAAAUAGUAAGUUCAACAUGCAUGUUUUGAUUUCAUUUUAAAAUAAUUCACUUACAAUUUUAUGUUAUACAAAGUGUCAAACGAUAACACAAGCUGCAUUAUCACGUCAAAACAAACCAACAAUUAUUAAGAAGUUGGGGCCAUAGUUUGCUCCAAUCCGAAUUAAAAUACGCUUUUGAGGAUCUAUUAACGCAGGGUCAGAAAGAGUACUAACGGCAAAAUUGGCAAGGUCGAUAACAGCACAUUUGCGACCCCAACUUCUUAAGGAUGAUUUCUUGCUUGAUUUGAAGUGAUACAGCUUGCGUUAACGUUUGGCAAUUCAAACCUGCCAUCCUGUAUAAAAGUAAAAAAUACGCAACUCCGAAAAAAACGGUGUAUAUUCAAAUUGUUCCCUGAAAACAGUUUUUAAUUAAUCUCUUUGAAGUCACAAUUUUUCAACACUAGAUUAUAUUUUGAUUAAAGUGCAACACUUCAAGUCAAAGUUUCAGUAUUUAUUUUUGUCGUAGUUAUUGUACGAAAUUCUCGAAGGGGGAAUGUAAAGAUCCGAUGUGCAAUUUAAAGCAUCCCUAUAAGUUCUGUCGGGACUUUCAAAUGGAGAGAUGUCAUAGAGAGUACUGUCGAUACCUUCAUGUGUCCUCAAAAGAUGAAAUCCAGUACAGAGAAACGCUAUAUCAAAGCGACACCAUGAGGUACGAGACGUUGAGAACAUUACAAAUUUCGGGCAUUUGUCAAGAAUUUAAACAAUUCGGCAACUGUAAAUACGGAAGCAAAUGCAAAUUUACUCAUAGGACAAUAGAGGAACAAGAAAAUGAUAAGUUUAUUUGUCCAGUCUGUUUCUCCGAAAUAAGCAUGACCUCUUGGUGCAUUUUGAACCCUUGUAUGCAUAGUACUUGCGGAGGUUGUUUAAGAGAAUUGAUUGCACGUGAUAUGCCUCAAUGCCCUGUAUGCAGAGGCCAAAUAGAGGAGGGAAGUUGUCCACUUUCUUUUAUUGGUACUUUUUUUUUUAAUUUUUCGUCUUUGACUCCAAUUUAAUCGAUCAGCUUCAGUAGCUCAUCGGUUCGAUCCGCUGAAAUUUUAUGUGCUAUAUGAUCUCGUUUUUAGAAUUUUAACACCCACUCCCUGCAGAGAGUUCUUAAUGAAGAGAUGUAGAAGGGUUCAGUGCAAAUACCGCCAUGAAUUUAUUAUAUGUAACAAGAUCCAAUGUUUGGGCAGUUUAAAGUGCAUCAUGGUACAUAAUUUAACUCCGCAGGAAAUAGAGCAGGUUGAAAGUGAGGAGAUGCCUUUUUCACAAAAUAUUAAUAUCGAACUGCGUCGGCUAGCCUAUGUUAUAACAAAUAGUUAUAAAGCAGAUAUCCAGAAUCAUAUGUGUACAAGGGAGCUCACAAGAACAGAAACUUGUAUAAGAAAAACAUGUGUAGUCUGUAAGCCUCAAGAAAACUAUCCGUUGCCCCUCAUGAGAAAAAUUGUAUGCCACUCCUGUAGAUUGCCAUUGUUGCCCAGUAAGUCUUUCUACUUAGUCACAUGCGGGCAUGUUAUUUGUGAACAAUGCUUAUCUCAUGCCAGAGUGGUGGUCUUAGAAGAGGACGACACAGUUUUAUAUUUCUGCCCUGAUCCCUUGUGCGCUUCAAUGACUGAAGUCAAAAGAUUGCAUUGAAAAAAAAAACGUCUUACCCAUCACCUGACAUAUUCAGAGGGAACUCCUAAAAUCUUUCAAAUAUGGCAUAAAACACUCAAAAAAAGGAUGCUGGACAAUGUUAUAAUGAGUAGUUCAGAUCUGAAUGUUUUGAAAUUGGCAAAACAACAUUUAGAGGACACAGAAUGUUGGCAAGUUGAUUUGGUGCGACCAAUAGAAGAGAUCGUUUUUGAAUACGUACCCUGCAGCCGAUACGAGAUAAGUGACAGCGACGAAGAACCUUUCCAAAGUAAUGCUACCGACGAAGAAUAUGAGCCAACUUCUGAAGUGUCAGAAGAAAGCGAUGAAAAUGGCGAAACAUCUGAGCACACGAAGUCUCAGUUACAGACUUGCAAGAAAAGAUUGUUUGAAGGAGAAGGACAAAGUUCAAGUAGUUCUUCAAUGCCCACUACCUCGAACCGCAAUGAAGACUUUGACUUGAUGUUUACGCCAUUGGUUUCGCCUGUUGAAGAAUCAAACUGCAGGAUUUCCGCUCAUUUGACCAUUUAUAUAAAGAAAUGUUUCGUUUCAAUGAAGAUACACACCGUUUUACAUGAAGGGCAUUACGUUUGUGAUGCUUGCAGUGGAGAUGACAAUACCAUCAGCGGAUUUUUGUAUUCUGGUUUGCCCGCGACAGACCAUAAAUGUAAUAAACUUUCCGACAAAAACAGAACACUUGUGCUGCUGUCUAGAAAUUUUGGCGAACGUGAAAUCCAAGUGAAAGUUCGUUACUGUCUCCCCGUCGGAAAAUUAAUAGGGGAGGAACUGCCGAUUGAAGAGGAACGUAAGUUCAUAACACCGUUAAUUAUGGAUUGUGGUUCUUCUGCCCUAGUAAACCCAUUAACGUCAAAAACCAAAGGAAAACGCCAUUGUUGUUAUUUCUGUGAACAGUUUUUUGUUGAAAUGUCUUCACAUACAUAUUCUUCGAAAACACAAAGAUCAGGAAGAAGUGAAAAAUAUUAUGACUAUGAAAGCUAAUAGUGUGGAACGGAAUGCUGCGUUACGAGAGAUCAGGCGAAAGGGUGAUUAUAAUUUUAACAAAAAUGCCACCUGUGAGGAAAAAAUUGCUAUAAGGAGAGUAGUGACAGGACAAGCCUCCAAUUUAAUUACUUGCCCAAAUUGUUUUGGUGAAAUAAUGACCAGAAACUUUGCUCGACAUGAACGCAAAUGUACUGGACGGCCACCAAAUAGAAGAAAUGUGCUUAAAGAAGCUCGCUUUAAGAUUAUCCAGAAGGAAUUUACAGCGAAUUCUUUCAGUCAGAAACUUUUUCUCGCUUUCUUAGAGCCUGUUCAAGUUGGGCUAAUUCUACACGAGAUAUUAGAAGAUAAAUGUUUGAAACUUGUUGCUGAAAGAUAUUCCUUAAUGCAUCGAGGUUCAUACAGCGCAUUAAAGAACGAUCGCCAACAUUUGCGUAGAAUGGCACGAUUGAUUUUAGAUGUUAAAGACAUAAACCCCUCCAUUCUGGAUUUUGAAGAUCUGAUACUCUAUGGAGGUUAUGAUGCCUUACUAGAGGGAGUUUUCAAUUUGUGUUCACUUGACAAGGAAACAGGCGAGUUUGGAAAGCCAAGUCUGGCAAAAGCUUUACGAUCGAGUAUUACAUUUCUUUUAGACGCACUUAACGUUGAUUAUUUAACUCAUAAUCUUCCCACACAAUGUGAAGAGCGUGGCCGUUU